UGAUGCGUCUCAAGGUCGCCCUUGAAUGAUCCAGGUGAGAUAGGGUGAUUUUCGUUCAAAUUCCACCGUCCUCGAGGCCCUCGUCGCGUCCUUUGUUACGGAAAUCGAAUCUGUAAACGUUUAUCUUUAAAUUAUAGAAGUCAUCAACACCACAUGGAAUUGAAACGUAGAAAAUCCUGUUCUUCAUGAACCACAUAGCUGGACAACCUAUACCACAAGCAGCUGGUUCUCAGCCUGCUUUGUGGUAUAACUAUGAUGUCAUCAUGAAUCAUCCACUGCAAGUGCAGGUGGCUGUGCCAUCAGUGCAGGUAAUAUCUGCUGCUCCCCAGACUCCUACUCCAACACCUACUCCCACUCCAACACCUACUCCCACUCCUGCACCUCCUCCAACACCUGUGCCUGUGGCAGUGAGUAUGAUUCCUGCUAAGUUAAAGAAGGUCAAAAAGCCUCCUCCAGAGGAACGAGAACGGAACUACUGUUGCGAAGUAUGUGGUGCAACUUUUACUAAUAGUUCUAACCUUCGUAUUCAUACAAAAAUUCACUUGGGUGUUAGACCAUUUGUUUGUUCAGAAUGUGGGAAAUCAUUUACACAGAGUUCAAAUUUGAAGGUCCAUAAUCGCAUUCAUACAGGGGAGCGCCCCUACAAGUGUUCUGAGUGUGGUCAGACAUUUUCAAGGUCAUCCCACUUGGUUGGACAUAAACGUAUUCAUACUGGAGAAAGACCUUAUAUUUGUGGUAUUUGUGGAGAAUCAUUUUAUACUUCAUCACACAUGAGGAACCAUGUUCGCCGUCAUACUGGGGAAAAACCGUAUGUUUGUCAAGUUUGUGGGGAAGCCUUUAGCCAGAGCGUUGAAUUAAGAGUGCAUUUUCGACGUCACACUGGAGAAAAGGCCUUCAAGUGCCGUGAAUGUGAUAGUGUCUUUGUCUCUGGGCCUGAACUUAGAGCACAUCGUAAAGUUGCUCACUCUAGUUCAAAACCUUUCAGAUGUGAAAAGUGUGACCGUUGUUUCCGAACAGCAAAAUUUUUUGUAAAACAUGAAUUGAAGUGUUCCGGUCCUCGUCCCAAACGACCUAAAGGUAGACCUCCUAAAUAUCCUCGUGAUGAUGGUGUGGAGCCUUCUUGGAACAAGUCUAAAAAGCAUAGGAACAGGAAGCCAGCAGCUCCAACUGAUAGAGUUUCUCGUUCAAAAUCUAGGGCCUUGCGAAUUGCUCAGAUGAAAGAGGAGGUCCUGCCAGAAGAACAGUCAUACAAAAAUCAAAAGGAAGUCAUCCCAGCAUUUGAACAAGCAUCUGAUAUUCUUGAAGACUCAGGUUCUUCAGAUCUUCCCAGUGAAUCCCCUUUGAAGCAUGAAGGGUUAUCUGAGUCAGAUGAUCAUAUUUCUCAACUUCCAAUGGUUCAUGUUAUGCUGGAUAACUUUAGUUCUGGAGCAGAUGGAAUUGUUCUACAUUCUGUGCCAAGCAGCACCUUGCAUGGACUUCAUUCAUUGACAGAUGAGAGUGAGCAGCUUGGGGUGAUGGAUUUAUCAGGGCAGCAGAUGCACGAAGCAGAGCACCAAAAUGACACUGAUCCUCAGACAACUCUUAGAUUGCUGCCAACACAGUCCAUGUCUGUUGUAGAAGCUGAUCAUCAGCUACCUCUUGUGACAGAUCAAGAGCAUGAGGUUUCAUUGGAGCAUCACCAAAUAACUUCAGCAAUGGUCAGUCAGCAUAGUAUGAAUAACCACCAAAAGUUAUCCGUGGCUACUACCUUUCAGCAGUCAAUGAGUGCAUUACCUUUAUCAGUUACAAGUUCUGCUACAACAGGAGGUAGUAUGAAUGCAAUUCCGCAGGUUUCAGCACAUCAUCAGAAUGCCACAAAUUUAGUAAGCCAAGUCAGUUCUAGCCAACCUACCCACAGUCAACAAUUAAGUGCAAUGCCAGCACAUCAACAUUCACCUGCAGUUGGCAGUCAUCAUCAGGUGCCGGCUGUCACUUCACAGCAACAUUUACCAUCUGUUACUGCUAUUCACAAUACAUCAAGUUCUCACUUACAGUUACCAACAAUAAAUGCUCACCAAAAUCAAGUUGGUAUUGGUGUACAUCAGCAAGUAACUCCACUGCCAACAAGUAUAGAGAACACUGUUACGGCUCAUCAGAAUUUGACCAUGGCAAGCACUCAUCAACAGAUUUCCACUGCCUCGAGUCAUCAGAUGUUACCUGUAGUAUCCGCCCAUCAACAGCAGCAGGUGUCAGCAGGUCCUACUCAGCAGCUGAGCACCACUGCCAACACGCUGCUGUUAACAGGUGUAAGCCAUCACCACGUAGUGAACAGUCACCAUCAGUUGCCUGUUGUAAGUGCCCAUCAGCAGACAGUUACUAACCAUCUACAGUUACCAACUGUUAGUUCAAGGCACACACUACCAACAAUCCUGACUGCUCAUCAGAGCAGCAGUGGUGUGCAGCAACAUAUGGUUGCCGUAACAGCACACCAGAAUGUUAGUUCAGUUCCUCAGCAGCAUUUGCCAGCGAUCACAGCCCACCAGCAAAUAGCCAAUACCACUGACCAACAGGUCUCUGUUGCUCAUUUGUCAAAUGCCUCUGCUGUUGCAUCUGGCGUUCACCAGCAAGGUCUUGUUGUUAGCGCUCACCAGCAGCAGGUAGUGCCUCUCCUACCUGUUUACAAGCAUUCUUGUAAUCUGGGAAGCAUUGAAGAUAAUUCCCAGGUUGUGUAUGAAGGUGGACAGUCAUUUGUUGUAGAUUUAUCCAGUCCAGCGUUAACACCACAGGUGUCUCUUGUUGAUCCACCUGCUACUUCUCACUCGACUAGACAUUAAAAGACAAGUUUAGUGUCUUUCAUUGGGCAUUUAUGACUUGGAAGUAUUACAUUGAUAAUUAUUUAGUGUAAGUGGAAUUUGAGAGUGAAUUAUUUUUAUAUUUUUAAUAAUAACAGUAGUACAUUUUCAGAAACUAAACUGUACUUUUAUUUAUACCAUACAUACUUCUGUUUAUAGCUGGUAUUACAAGUGCCAUAUCUGAAUAAAGAUUUCUCAAGAGGA